GGUGGCGCGGCCCCCGGGCGCUCGGGUCGCUGGGUCCGGCGGGCCCGCGCGAGAGGCCGCCGGUCUGCCGCACAGGGCCGGGCGUCCUUCCCUUCUUUGCGUUGCCUGGCUUAGAAAAAGCCGACAGAACCACCCCGAACCGAACAAAAAACCACGCGCCGCGGUGUUUAUUAACGCAGGCCCGAUGCUGGUUCGUGUGAUGAAGGCUUUGCUAAAUGAGUCUGUAUUUAUUAUGGAGAGAUGACACAGGAAAUCGACUUCGGUUCCAGCUGGAGUUGGAGUUUGUGCAGUGUCUGGCAAAUCCAAAUUACCUCAACUUUCUUGCGCAAAGAGGCUACUUCAAAGACAAAGCUUUUGUAAAUUAUCUUAAAUAUUUACUUUAUUGGAAAGAACCUGAAUAUGCAAAAUACCUGAAGUAUCCUCAAUGUUUGCAUAUGCUAGAGCUGCUCCAGUAUGAACAUUUCCGCAAAGAGCUGGUAAAUGCUCAGUGUGCUAAAUUUAUUGACGAGCAGCAGAUUCUUCACUGGCAGCACUAUUCACGGAAGAGAAUGCGCCUCCAGCAAGCACUCGCAGAGCAGCAGCAACAGAACAACGCCUCUGUGAAAUGAAGAGCGUUUGCAGGGGGCCGCUAAGGUGUCCUUUGCGCCUGCUGAAGUGUUUACGGGGGGGGCGGGAGCUCUUGCAGGUUCCACUCCGCGUGUGUGUACAUGUAAUUUCGGUCAGGUGAUGGGUGGGCUUUUUUUCUUUCAUCAGCUUUUUUAAAGAGACAAGACUGAUAAACACCCACUUCUGCAAUUGAUUUUGUAGCGUGGAAAAUCUUGUAAGAGGAUUACUUACUGUACUUAUUGGUUCAUCUUUGAUUUUGAAAACAAAACAUAGUUUUGAGGACACUGCCAUUUAGGUAUCUAACAAAAUGUGUAGCUCUGAAGUCUGUUUUUAGGAGGCAUUUUCCCUGGAGAAUAAAUGUGUUAAAGUGCAGCCAAGAGCUCCCUCCUGUACUGCCUCUGCAACCGCAGGAUGAGCGAAGUCAGAGUGAUGAUAUUGUACAAAAUCUAAAAUGUGGAUUUUUGCCUUGAAACCAAGCUGUGUUAUUAUCAUUUCUGUUCACCUGGUAAUGGUUGUUGCUGGGAGCCUCACGCAGUUGUCCUUAUGGCAUGCUUUAGAGAUGGGAAUCGGUGUGAGCAGACAAGGAUGCAGGAGUGGAGCAGAGAUAAGCAGUAAUGAAUUUGCAGAUACUCAACAGAAGGAAAGAGGCUGUAGCCGUAUCUAUCCCAUUGAAGUGAGCUUACUUUAAUGUUGGUUUUCUGCCAGUGAAAUAGUGGCUCUUCGGCUUCUCUAAAGUACAUGUACUGGAAACAAUUUGUGGUACAAAAAAGGUGUAAAUGCUUGCAGUAUUGGAGAAGCAUUUGACAUUUAUUCCUGUAUAGUUUUUAUUGUAAGAACACUGAUUUCCAGCUGCCAGGGAUUUAAUUCUCAUAUUUUGGAUUGUAUUUGUGCUGCAUUCAGCAGCUGUCAGGGGUUUAAUUUUCAUAUUUUAGAUUGUAUUUAUGCAGCACUCUUGUUAUAUUUAUCCUUGUAGGAGCAGGUACUGCAACUGUCAACCCUUAACGUGAUCAGUGACACCAGGACCGUCAGCAUUUACCAUACUCAGAGUGAACAGAUAAACCAUUAAACAUCUCUGGUGCUGAAAUUUUAUCUCAACGGAUUCAGUAGCUAUGGAAAGUCAGAUGUAGGAAGAACAAGCAGGUCUUUCUGUAUCUCCUGCUCUCACACCCCCCUUUCUCACUAUUAAAGAUAUAAUUUAGCACUUAAGUCUUACUCCUCAGUAACUGUAGGGUGCGCUCUCAGUUCAGAACAUGAGCUCAGCAUCUUCCAAACGAGACUGUUUGCAAAGUUAAGUUUAUUUGAACAUGGAAGGAAAGAUACCGUUUUUUUUGUUGGAGGAUUUUACUGGAAGGUUUGGACCUAGAAUUUAAUAACAUCUUGACUAGUCUGAAGUAAUUAACCAUUAAAGUUUUUAAAAGGUUUAGGAUUCCUUGAAAGGACAUUGCAAAUUACUUGAGUUUAAGGUCUUCGUAAAUGAUUGACUGCUGGAGGAUUUAGUCUUCAGUAAACAACAUGCGCACCAGCUCUGCUUUGAAACAUUCUUCUUCAACCAGCUUCUGAGGCUGAAAGAGAAGUUAAAGUGUUUCAGAGGCGAUUCAAGAAGCGUCCCCGGCCGCGCUGGCACACCAGCGUGAGCCAUGGCGACGUUGUUUGUGCGGGGAGCGCGGGGUGGGGCAGACACGCGUAAGGGUAAUUCAAAAGUGCCUGGGGCUCUUCUGGCCUUGGAAGAGGCAUUGCAAAGAAAGUAACGGCUAAUUUAAAUAGUAUCCACAGGUUAGAACUUGAGCUGUAGUCUGAGUCAAGAGAACACUGCAUAUAACCGUAUUUCACUCCCAUAAUUCAGCAUUUGGAUUUUUUAAAAUUUGAGGAGCUGCAAGUCAGGGACGUAACAACAUGUUAAGUAUCUUCUCUACUCCUUGACCGCUAUGUGCUAAGGGUACACAUUUUCUUUAUUAUAGACAACGUUAUACAGAAAGCAGAGUGAUUCUCUCUGAGCCAGAGAGCACGUGGGUGGGAGCAGAACAGCUGUUCCAGUUGUCUGCUCUUGUUAAAGGAGAGGGUAUCGGAAAACAUGCAUGAGUGAUUAAUGAGUUCCUGCUGCUUUCCCAUCUGAAUGCCUGUAGAUCCAGAACAAAAUAAACCACUUACUGUUCCAUA